AUGGGUGAUCUUAUGCCAAAUGCUGAGUGUUAUAGAAGUUUAGUAGGAAAACUGAAUUUCUUAACUCACACUAGACCAGACUUAUGUUUUGUUAUUCAGCACUUUAGCCAAUAUCUUCAGAAACCUACUUAUUCCCACAUGAAAGUUGUUUUUCACCUCCUUAGAUAUCUCAAAAGUUUUGCUGAUGUUGGGGUUUCCUUUUUCAAUUCUCCUGAUUUCUCUAUUUCUCCAUAUUAUGAUAGUGAUUGGGCUAUUUUCCUUGAUACUAGAAGGUCUAUCACUGGGCUUUAUGUCAUUUUGGGUGGUUCUGUCAUCUCUUGGGAGGCAAAGAAGCAGCCUGUUGUCUCCCUCUCUUCAGCUGAGGCUGAAUAUAUGUAUGUUAGCAAGGUUGUUGUUGAAUUAGUGUGGUUAUUAAGACUCCUUGCAUAUUUCAAUGUUAUUGUUUCUGCUCCUGUCCCUGUAUACUGUGAUAAUCAGGCUGCAAUUCACAUAGCUAAAAAUCUUGUAUUCCAUGAGAGGACCAAGCAUAUAGAAGUGGACUGCCACUUCAUCAGAACUAAGCUCAAUGAGAGCCUAGUUGAGUUGCAUCAUGUUCCAACAGCUUCUCAAUUGGCAGAUAUCUUUACUAAGCCUCUAAAUGGGCUACUUCACCACAAACUUUUGCUCAAGUUUGGUGUUCAAGCCCCCUCCAACUUGCGGGAGGAAGGGGGUGUUGGAGUGGCAAAUAUACAAUCAGCUGUUGUGGAUCCUACAUGA